AUGGGCUUCAAUCCUUGGGUCCCAAACCGAAGACAAGGAGCGGGCUACAUGGCCAUGAUCGCCGAGAACGGCAAUUUUGGGGAUAUGUUCUGGUCCUCGAAUGCCCGCAAUCGCAAUCACACUCUCGGUGACGAGCCAGGUGCAGAGCCAGAUACUUGGUCUGUGGAGAACCACGCCGGGAGCGACGUCGGCGACGUGGAUGGUCUGAAGCGAGAGAUUAAGCAGGAAGAAUGGGAGGAGAAGGUCGAGAAGCAGAUCGAGAAGGAAGAGGUCAAGAUCGAGGUCAAGAAGGAGGAGGAGGACGACGAGGACAAGCAGUGGGAGGUAGUGGUAAAACGAGAGGAAACGGACAUGGGCAUGGACGAGGACAAGGACAAGGACGAGGACGACAUGGCUGUAAAGAUCAAGAUCAAGACAGAGGCAGAGGAAGAGGAAGAGGAAGCGGAACAGGGAUAG